AUGGGCCUAUGGGUCUCAGUAUAUGGUGGUGCAUAUAUAAUGGCUAAAGACCUGUUUGCUACUAAUUCAUGGUUUCAAAAGAUGAUUGCAGGAGAGCCCAAAAAUCCAGCUCAGAAACCGUCGCAUGCUGAUGUCGAAGAGGCAGCAGAUAAAGUCGUGUCUACUCUGAAUGCAAUCAUAUCGACCGUAGGAGUGGUGAUUUGGUAUUUCGAGGACAUGAAAGUGAUGUUGAAACCAGAAGAUUUCGCAUUCUCGCAUUCAGCCAUCCGAGAAUAUUGCCUAUGUAUAACAGGAGCAUACAUGAUGUUUGAUUUUGGACGUAUACUCUACUAUCUCCUUAAACCAAUACCAGGCACAUCGCCCUCUGGUCGCAUAGCCUUCCUGAUCCAUCACAUAGUAGUAGCAUCUGCGUGCUUCUUCUCAGCUGCUCUACACUAUGGGACAUUCUACACUGGCAUAUUCUCAUUCGGGGAAUUCACCACCGUGUUACUGAAUCUACGCUUCUUCCUGUCUAAAGCUGGAUACAGGCAGUCUCCGAUAUAUACUGUAAACGAGUACCUGUUUGCAAUCCUGUUUUUCGGGAUACGGGUUGUGGGGGGAUGGAUUAUGAUGUGGCAUAUGCAGGUUAGGUGGAGCGCGUAUCAGGGAGGAUGGGAGGAACACAAUACGAGUACGUUUAUUGGAUAUCUGGUUCCUGCUUGUGGGUAUACGCAUUGCGUGCUGCAGUGUUGGUGGUUUGGAAUGAUUGUCAGGAUGAUGUAUAGGAAGAUGAAGUAUAAUAUUAAGUAA